AUGCAAACUGACCGCACCCAAGGCAUCAUGUCCGGCUUAUUCCAACCUCUCCGCAUCGGCGAUGUUGAAUUACAACAUCGAGUUGUCAUGGCUCCUCUCACUCGCCUGCGCGCCGAUGCUGAACACGUCCCCCUUCCUAUGACCACCACAUACUACGAACAACGCGCCUCAGUACCCGGGACAUUGAUCAUCGCCGAAGCAACCCAAAUCUCCGCUUCCGAAGGUGGAAUACCUCAUGGCCCAGGCGUCUGGACCGAAGCCCAAAUCAAAGGAUGGAAGAAGAUCACCGAUGCUGUCCACGCCAAAGGCAGCUAUAUCUUUUGCCAGUUGAUUGCACUUGGUCGAGCGGCUGAUCCAGAUCAAUUGAAAAAGGACGGGGGAUAUGAUCUGCUUGCGCCUAGUCCUAUUCCAAUGGAAUCUGGAAUGCCUACUCCCAAGGAACUUAGCGAGGAGCGGAUUCAAAAAAUCGUUAGCAAUUUUGCAAUUGCCGCAAAGAAUGCAAUUCGCGCUGGAUUCGAUGGCGUUGAGGUCCACGGCGCGAAUGGGUACCUCAUUGAUCAGUUCCUACAAGACGUUUCAAACAAACGACAAGAUCAAUGGGGUGGGAGUGUUCCGAACCGCGCCCGGUUCGGUCUGGACGUGGCUAGGGCGUUGGUGGAUGCCGUUGGCCCUCAGAAGGUUGGAUUCCGACUCAGCCCUUGGAAUACCUGGCAGAGUAUGAAAAUGGCCGACCCAGUUCCCCAAUUUGCAUACUUCGUAGAGCAGUUGAAAGAGCUCAAGCUUGCGUAUCUCCACGUCAUCGAGUCGCGUGUGAUCAACAAUGUGGACUGUGAGAAGACGGAGGGAAUCAACUUCUUACUUGAUAUCUGGGGCAGAACAUCUCCUGUACUUGUUGCAGGCGGGUACAACGCGGAGAAUGUCCAGGUGGCCAUCGACGAAGAGUACAAAAGCAAUGAAGUCGCUGUUGUCUUUGGUCGCCACUUCCUUGCGAACCCUGAUCUACCAUUCCGGCUUCGACAUCAACUUCCCCUGAAUGGUUAUGACCGGUCUACCUUCUACACCGCUACACAAGAAAAAGGCUACGCUGAUUAUCCAUUCAGUACGGAGUUCACGAAGGCAUAA